GCAGCACAGUGCCGCGCUCCUUCCCCUCAUUGCGCACAGAUCCUUGAUUUAGGAACGCAGCCAAACAGCAUGCGUCUUUAAAUGCACAGAGCCUAAAAGGACGCACAGUAAAAGAAGGUCAUCUGUUUUUUUCUGUUUUUCUUUUCUUAUUUUACUCGUAACUUAGGUAGGUGCGUUGGAGCAUGGCAAAAGAGUCCACUUUUACCACUUCGGACGCGUUGCAGAAUACAAAUAGAAGGUGAACGUUUUAUUUUUAUUUAUUUGGCAGCUUUUAAAAUACUUAAGGUUAUAUUAAAAGUGACAAGUUAGAGGCAUGGAUCUUGAUUUGCGGAAUGAGACAUUUAUGGACUCAGAGUGCGUCCGAGCGCUUCAAGACUUGAUGCAGAGCGGUGCGGUCAAUGGAAGCUUGGAGGCAUCAAACAUCUCUUGUGGCAACGCUUCUACGCUGCUCACACCAAAACGUGUCAGGCAAGGGGAGGACCACACGCUCCGCAUCCUGCUGUACUCGCUCAUCUUCUUCUCGAGUGUACUCGGCAACCUGCUGAUCAUCGUGGUGCUCAUAUUCAACUAUCACAUGCGCACUGUCACCAACGCCUUCCUAUUGUCGCUCGCCAUUAGCGACCUGAUGAUGGCCAUAUUCUGUAUGCCUUUCAACCUGAUCCCCAGCAUUCUCAAGGACUUCAUUUUUGGAGCUUUGAUGUGCAAGAUAGUGACCUACCUCAUGGGCACAUCAGUGAGCGUCUCCACAUUUAACCUUGUUGCCAUAGCCCUUGAGCGCUACAAUGCCAUCUGCAGGCCUCUGUCAUCCCUUCAGUGGCAGACCCGUUCCCAUGCCUACCGUGUGAUUUCUGUUACAUGGUUGCUGGCAUUCAUCAUCAUGAUCCCCUACCCAAUCAUCAGUAACCUUAGGUCAUUUAAACGUCUGGACAACACAACAGCACACCAGUGUCGCCAUAAGUGGCCCCUCGCAGCUGCAGAGCAGACCUGGCAUGUUCUACUUCUGCUUGUGCUGUUCGCAAUUCCAGGAGUGAUGAUGAUUGUUGCCUAUGGACUGAUCUCCAGGGAAGUUUAUCGAGGCAUACAAUUCGAGACCGGACUCAAGAAAAACUCUGAUGUGAAGAAUGGACGGACUUCCUAUUUGCCUUCUGUACCUAACGAUGGAGAUGGAUGCUAUAUUAAUGAGGUUAAGCGGCACAACACAGUGGAGAUGUCUGCCAUGUCUGCAUCAACCCAAUCCUUGAAGAAAGACAAAAACCUCAACAAAGCAUCGAGAACCACAAUGAAGGACAGGAGCCGAGUCAUUCGUAUGCUGGUGGUCAUCGUUGUUUCAUUCUUUAUCUGCUGGAUGCCUCUAUACUGUGUCAACACCUGGCGGGCUUUUGAUAACGUCACUGCCGAACGUACCCUCUCAGGGGCGCCCAUUUCAUUCAUUCAUUUGCUGAGCUACACCUCUGCUUGUGUCAACCCAAUUAUUUACUGCUUCAUGAACAGGCGCUUCCGCCUGGCCAUGCUCCGCACUUUCUUGAUAUGCUUUCUUCCUUGCUAUCAUCAUUACCGUCGCCACCGUCGUGAGGAACGUGACAACGAGGAGGAUGUUAUGGCAACUAGGGGAUCCAUGCCCAGGUUCAGUUACACCAUAGUCAGUGUCGUGAAAACCUGAAGACAGUUACUACAGCAACACAAUACCCACAUCCUUUGUUUUCAUGUCAGUGUUAUGCUCAUAGGGACAGUCAUAUAAAGAAACAGCCCAUAUAAUGUAUGAGUGUAGAAGCUUUACCUGACUAUAAGUAAGAAAUGUAGAAAUUAUUAAAUAAAACCCAGUCAGACAGUGUAAACACAUCCACAGAUCUAUAAAAAAGCACCAAAAAUGCAGUAUGUAGUUAUUUCUUGAAAGAGAGACUAAAGGCAAAUUGUUGGCUUAAAUCUUUACAGUGGUGCAUGUGGGUUUAUAUUUGUGGUUUAGACUCAAUGACAGGUGUAUUAGCUAUAAGCUAUAAUAUAUAUUAUAGGGGCAGUCUUUCCUAGUUACACAUCAUUAUGUAGCUACAAAAAGGGCAGCAAUCUUAAACUGUGUUUUGUAUUCUGGUGCCAGUGUAAAUCUAUGUGUUAAGGAUGGUAUUUUAAUUGCCUUCAGGCAUAAGUGCCUACUUCUAAAAAACAAUGCUGCUUUAGUCUUGUGUCGAUCUGCCUCAUUUAUUUCUGCCAGGCAAAUAGAAGAGGCAACUAGAAAAGUGUAAGGGUUUAGAUGUGGAGUUGAAAUGAAAAGUUUGCUUCAAAUGUGCGUAUGAGAACUAAUAAGAGACCUGCAGUAAGCUGAAAAUGCAGUGUAAUGCUGACCACUUGGAGGAUAUAUUAUAUAAACGUUAUAUUGUACAGUUCUGUAAAAAUAUGUUAAGAAAAGUAAUGUUUUAUCACUUUUAUAGUUUUGUUGUUACUAUGUAAAAAAAGGUACGUAACCCAGCCUGUGCCACAUUAUCUGUAGCGAUAGAAUGUUUCUUGAGGAGAAGCAUUAGUAUUUCAAUGAACAUAUUAAAUGAAAGAGCAUAGUA